GCAUGGCGGUAUCGGGACCUGUGGCGGAGUAAACACUUGACCAAAAUAUGUUUUAACGAGACACUAGAUAUUUUAAGGACUGCUAACUCAAAAAGGCCAGAUACAAUGUGCCAACUAUGCGUAUGUUUUUAUAGAUGGUAACGUUAGCCGCCAGGACGUUUGGCUUUGCUGCACAAAGUCUAGAGAUCCAUACUUCGCGUCAUAUUGUCCUAGCAUCGGAGGCUAACAAUCGCGUUGUAAAAUCCACCUAAUCUCUGGCAUUCCCCGAGGGGUCGGGAAUACAAACAUGCAAGGAGAAACAACCGGAAUACGAAUGUCCGAGAGCGAAGGAAAACUCGAUGCCAUCACGCAGAACAAAACGCAAGCCCCCGUUACAAGAGGGAGCUCCAAAAGUUGGCAGUACAGUGAUCAUAUGGAAAAUGUUGACGGUUAUCUAAUGAAGUAUACCAACCUGGUCACUGGGUGGCAAUACAGGUUCUUCGUUUUAAACAACGAAUUGGGCGUUUUGGAGUACUUUGUCAAUGAGCAGUCGCGAUCCCAGAAACCUAGAGGGACGUUACCUCUGGGAGGUGCUGUCAUCUCUCCCAGUGACGAGGACUCGCACACGUUCACUGUCAAUGCCAUCAGUGGAGAGCAGUACAAACUAAGAGCAACCGAUGCCAAAGAGAGACAGCACUGGGUGAGCCGGCUGCAGAUAUGCACACAGCAUCAUACCGAAGCCAUGGGGAAGACCAACCCGCCGCUGAAGACUCGCAGCCUCUCGGUGGCCUCCCAGGGCAGCGGGUCCCCGGGCUCCCAGCGCCGCAACAGCCCCAACCCCGGCUCCCUCUUCGGGCUCUCCCAGCUGCCGCGCGGCUCCACCUCCCCCUACUCCAGCAAACGCUCGCUGCUGCCAGAUCACCUGCUGGAGGCUCGGGAGAUGAUGAGCCAGGCCCAGGGGCAGCACCGGGACCUGAUCCUGAGCAUCGAGGGCCUGCCGUCCUCCGCCGGGCCCUCGCCCUCGCCCUCGCCCCUGGACCAGGACCUGCUGCUCCUCAAGGCCACCUCCCUGGCCACCAUGACCUGCCUGAGCGACUGCCUUCACAUCCUCCAGCUGCAGCAGGUGGCUCGCCAGAGGAUCCCUCUCGGAGGGCCCACCAUCGAGUGGCUGGAGCCCAAGGGGUCCGACAUCCUGAAGAACGGGGGCGCGCCCUCCAAGGAUGACGGUGGCGACGGCAAGAGCUCGGAGGGAGCCGUCUUGGACAACCUGGACAUGGACUCCUGCAUCUCUGCCAUGGAGGUAGAGGACAUCAACGCGGAGGAUGAGGUGGACGACUCGGCCCCAGAUGAGGAGGAGGAGCUGGGGGCCGUGGAGGAGGAGCGCAGUGUCAUCCUGCACCUCCUCUCGCAGCUCAAACUGGGCAUGGACCUCACCAGGGUGGUCCUGCCCACGUUCAUCCUGGAGAAGCGCUCGCUGCUGGAGAUGUACGCCGACUUCAUGUCGCACCCGGACCUCUUUGUGUCCAUCACGGACGGCGCCAGCCCGCUGGAGCGCAUGGUGCGCUUCGUGGAGUACUACCUGACCUCCUUCCACGAGGGCCGCAAGGGCGCCAUCGCCAAGAAGCCCUACAACCCCAUCAUCGGCGAGACCUUCAACUGCUCCUGGCGCGUGCCCAAGACGUCUUCGUCAUCGCCACCACCGCCGCCGCCGGAGUCCUCUUCCUCGUCCUCCUCCCGCGCGGGCACCCCGCCCUCCAGCAGCAGCGGCGGCGACGACUCGUACCUGCUGCGCUUCGUGGCCGAGCAGGUGUCCCACCACCCGCCCGUCUCCGGCUUCUACGCUGAGUGCCCUGAGAAGAACAUCUGCGUCAACACCCACGUGUGGACCAAGAGCAAGUUCAUGGGCAUGUCCAUCGGCGUCUCCAUGGUGGGAGAAGGUUGCCUGCAUCUCCUUGACCAUAAUGAGGAGUACACCUUCACGCUGCCCUCCGCCUACGCCCGCUCCAUCCUCACGGUGCCCUGGGUGGAGCUGGGGGGAAAGGUCAACGUCAACUGCGCCAAGACAGGAUACUCGGCCGCGAUCACAUUCCAGACCAAGCCCUUCUACGGUGGCAAGCUGCACAGAGUGAGUGCGGAGGUGAAGCACAACGCCACCAACGCGGUGGUGUGUCGGGUGCAGGGGGAGUGGAACGGCACGCUGGAGUUCACCUACAGCAGCGGAGAGACCCGCGUCAUCGACGUCACCAAGCUGCCCGUCACCCGCAAACGCGUUCGCCCAGUCGAUAAACAGGGACCCUACGAGUCCAGGCGCCUGUGGCAGCACGUGACCGCGUCCCUGCGACAGAGGGACAUGGAGAAGGCCACGGAGCACAAGCGCUUCCUGGAGGAGCGCCAACGCACGGAGGAGAGGCACCGCACAGAGACGCACACGCCCUGGAGGACCAAAUGCUUCGAGAGAAAAGGCGAGAGCUGGGUGUACUUCCAGCCGCUAUGGAAGACGGGAGGCCAGAGUCCCUCACUGGACACCAGUCUGUGAGCUCCCUCUCUCCGCUCCCCAUCCCCGCACCUCCCCACCUCACCCCUGGUGGAUCAGAGCUCAGCUCAACAGCACCCCCUAUCUACCCACCUGAGUGACACGCACUCUUUAUCUCACCAUUCUGGACCACGUUUCUUGAAAGCAUCGUCGCUAACCAGUUAGCAACUUACUUGGUUUCCAAUGGGAAAUUGCAUUGCAACCGAGUAAGUGGCUAGUUACUAUCAAGUUGCUAGUUAGCAACGUUGUGGUUGAGAAACGCACCCCUGGACAAGUCCUAUUGUCUCCUCUCUUCCCGUCUUUGCCUAUAUCCACUCUUGAGAUGAUUUUCGCUUCUCCAGGUUGGUGAGACUUUGUCGUGCAUCAUGGAAUGGGUGGGAACCUGGCAGGUGCUUGUGAUUUUACGUUUCCCCUCUCUCUGCAUCCCUUUCAAACAGAGAUUUUUUUUUUUUGUAUAUCAUGUACAUGCAGAAUGCUCUUUUUGGGACUGUCGCGUUGGGGGUGGUGCACACAGAUGUCCUUUUUGCUGACGAUGCCUUAAGUGAGGUGUGUGCUUGUUGUUGUGUCAUGUGCAAUGAGUGAUGGUGUGCUUUUUAGGGUGGUGAUCGCACCUGUAUCAUUUGUUUUUGUUUGCUUGUUUGUUUGUUUGUUUAUUUUUGUCUCUUUCUGAGCAGGUGCCACGAUUAAAUGCUAACUAUGUGGCACUGGUUCAGUUUUUAACUCAAAUUAUUAAAAUAUAUAAAUAAUUUUCCAAGUAAAGACAACCUAACAAUUAAAAAGGCGUGUAGAUGUGUUUCUGGGUUAUGACGAAUGACAGGAUUUUUGGCAGUGGGUGGAACAGAGGGACUUCCUUUUUCCCUCUCUUGCUGGUUGUCCGGGAGCUCGGAGUUAAGACUGCGCUUACAGUAAGAGGGCUCUGUACUUUUUAAAAGUGUUUUGAAGUCAUAAUACAUGAAGAAGUGUCCAGUUCUGAAGUGUGCUGCUGGACAGACUCUUUGACCUGCACAGCAGGAGGAAAUGGAUGUGGGGCUCUCCAUCGACAUGGCAGCCGUCUGAUGCAAAUGCAUAAGUCACAUCUAUCUAGAUCAGGGGUGGGGAACCUAUGUAUCGAGGGUCAUUUACGGCCCUUGAGGCCGUCUUAUCAGGCACCACAUACAAUUUUAAUGUUAUGCAGCUUCACAUGAAAUAUGACAUGUUUUGUAAAGGAAUCUCAGAAAUGACAUUUGCAAUACAAUAAAAGUUAUAUGUCAGGGGACCUAGAGAAGGUGGGGCCUGUUGUAAAGGUGAGCACCUUCAAUAUUAGGCCUAAAGAGCAAACGGGAAUCCUGUUUUGUGUUCAUAGUACGGCCCUUGGAGGACUUCUUGAAUUUGAAGUGGCCCUUCGAAUGGAAAAGGUUCCCCACCCCUAAUCUAGAUUGACAUGGCCAGAGUGGUUCAGCCCAAGGCUGAAGGUCUCUAUAUAUUUAGAACCGGGGGGGCACCAGCAAGAUCCAAAGACACCCACACUGGAAAAGAAUAUAGAGAGUUAGAGGGGCCUCUGCUUGGAGAAGAGGCAACGCUCACCUCUGAUUGGAUGCUGUUACGGGAGCCUUGUUAGCACUCUCUUGACAUUCCACGUCCCUUCCCGUCCCUCAUCUCACCAGUCACCUCUUCCACCCACCCCUCCCGACGCUGUGCCGUGCAUGCCAGCAGCGCUCAUCUGUGCUCUUCUUCUCUGGUGUGAAUCUACCUCGUUUGGAGCCAUCUCUCUUUUCUCAAGGGCAAUCAAACUUUUUUGGAAGAUGAGUUUGCAUUCACUUGAGUUUUGGCUUUAGCUUACUGUUCAUCUCUUUCUCUCUCUGUCUCUGUCUCUGUCUCUCUCUCAUUUCCUUCUUCCUGCCCUUAUUCUGUGGUUUUCAGAGGAAAAAAUUGUAACUGGAUCAAGUUUGAAUGCUGUAAAACAUUAAAAACGGUUUUAAAAACUUAUCUCGAAGGUUCAGCAUCAUGUGUUUUGGGGGCUGACAGAGGCCAGAACUGUUUGUGCUAGCGAGGCAGAGGUGGCGAGUUCCUGCCAAGCUCCCAGCACGGUUAUCACUUCUUCUUUUGGUAAUGGUUUGACUCGAGAGUUGAGCGUGUACACGCUCCCGGUUUAGCAACACAUGGCGUUGAAAGCAGGAUGCUGGGAAACUUUUGUGGUGCCUUAUUUGUAUUUGUCUUCCAUCGAACCCAAUCACCCCUCCCUCCACAUUCCAUCAUCUCCACCACCACCCCCCCCCCCCCUCCACCUCCCCCUGCUCCUCCUCCAUCUCUUCCCCUCAGCUCUCCACCAUGAGGUAGACACGAGAGAGGUUACAGGAAGAUAAUACACAAACAUGCACACCAGGGGUGGAACUUAAGCUUUUUACCCACCAGUCACGGUGGCAGGUAGAUUUCAAAAUCUACCAGUCACUCACUGUUUUUACCAGUCAAAGUGACUGGUGGGUUGAAAAAUGUACCAGUCACCACUGAAAUUUACCCGUCAUUGGCAGGUGGACGGGUGCUUAUUUCCAUCCCUGAUGCACACAUACACAUCCAGUACUCACACAAUUUCACCACCACCUUCUAAAUCUGUGUACAUAUCCCUCCAAGGGCUCUACAGAGCUGCUGUUGAUGAUGAUGAUGAUGAUGCAUUUUGCGUGUAAUUCAGGAUUGUAAUGAUGUAACACGAUCUUUGUUUUUGUUUUUUGUUUUAUUUCUGCUCCCCCUUUUUGUGUUCUUCAUUUGACCUGUAUAUCUUGCUAAGCUGUGAAUUGCACUGAUAUUUUAACAACACUCCCUGUAGCCUGACAAAGUCCUGAUGAAUGAAUAAAAUUGCUAAUAUAUUUGUUGAGGA